ACAUAUGGACCGAGUUCGCCAUAAUGAGGCUAUUAGACCUCAAAGGAGAAGAUCCAAUGAUAUAUGAAGAGAUAGAUUGCCGUACCAAACUUGCCAUGUUGAUUGGGGAUAUUCUCACCACUCCCGAUAUACGGAUAUAUCCGUGA